GUGAUUUUGUUUCCUCGGCUUUUCUUCGGCGACUUCUGUGAGCUGGAUUCUUGCUAAUUGGAGCUAGAAUGCGAUUCUCUGUAUAUCUUAAAUACUUGUCACUAUUCUGAAUUGGUUGGACUUCACCAGCUCGAUUAUAUUCAGUUCUGUUUGGAUGGUUUUGAUUAGUCACCUGCGAUUGGUGGGGAGUCACAUUGAAGGUAAUGGGUCAUACAAAUAAUGAGAGUGACGAUAGCAUGCAGUCCAAGGACAAGGCAGAUUCACCAUUGGUUGACGAAGGUAGUUCUGGUGGAAGCUUGGGUGGGGGGUCUGUUUUGAAGAAAGGGCCAUGGACAUCGGCAGAAGAUGCAAUCUUGGUCGAUUAUGUCAAGAAGCAUGGAGAGGGGAACUGGAAUGCUGUUCAGAAGCUCUCAGGGCUCUUCCGCUGUGGUAAAAGCUGUCGUCUGAGAUGGGCAAAUCACCUGAGACCAAACUUGAAAAAGGGUGCUUUCACUCAGGAAGAAGAAAGGCUAAUCAUUGAACUCCAUUGCAAGAUGGGGAACAAAUGGGCUCGAAUGGCUGCUCAUUUGCCUGGACGCACGGAUAAUGAGAUAAAAAACUACUGGAACACUCGAAUCAAGAGACGACAACGUGCUGGUUUACCACUUUAUCCUCCGGAUGUCUGUUUACAGUCAUUGAAUGAGAGUCAGCUGUGUCAGAACUCUGGUGAAUUCAAUUGUGGGGAUUCACGGCAUAGUGAUAUUCUGCAAUCAAACUAUGAGAUUCCUGAUGUUGUAUUUGACAAUUUGAAGCCCAAUCCAGGUGUUCUAUCUUAUGCAUCAGCAUUGCCUGAUUUAUCUGCUAGUAACAUGCUGACACAAGGCCUGAGUUCAGCUCAUAAUUACAGCUUCAUUCCCACAACGGUCCAUCGUUCAAAGCGACUCCGAGAAUCAGAGACCUUGUUUCCUGGUUUUAAUGGCAGUGUCACUCCUGCACUGCCUACAUAUGACCAGUUUCAGAAUGAUACUUGCGAGAAGAUCCAUCGAUCAUUUGGGUUGUCUUUCCCAUAUGAUCCUGACCCUAGCAGCAAGAAUCUUCAGCACUUUGGUGUAAUACCUGGUAGCCAUGCCCUUUUAAAUGGCAAUUUCUCUGCUUCUAAGCCCAUUUCUGGGGCUGUGAAGUUGGAGCUCCCUUCACUCCAAUAUUCAGAAAGUGAUUUUAGUAGUUGGGGCACAUCUCCGGCCCCACCACCUUCACUCGAGUCUGUUGAUACCUUUAUCCAGUCUCCUCCAUUGAAUGAGCCUGUGCAAUCAGAUUGUCUGUCACCACGAAAUAGUGGCCUGUUAGAUGCGUUACUGCAUGAAGCACAGACUCUAAGCACUGCAAAGAAUCAUUCAUCUGAGAAAAGCUCAAGUUCUUCUGUUGUUAUGCCCAGUGAAAUGAUGGAUAGCUCAAACCUGAAUCUAUGUGAGGCAGAAUGGGAAGAAUACAGCGAUCCUAUUUCUCCAUUGGGUCGUUCUGCUGCAUCUGUUUUCAGUGAGUGUACUCCUAUCAGUGGAAGUUCAUUGGAAGAUACCCUUCCCUCUGAGACCAUGCCUGGAUCUGAUGUGAAGCCCGAUGUGGUUGAACAUGUCCCAAACUUAAGCGGAGCAAAAGAACUUUCAACUCGGUUGGAUUUUUCUAGGCCAGAUGCUGUACUUGGUUCAGACUGGUUUGAGCAGGGUAAGGACCAUUCUGCUGCAACUGAUACUAUAACAACACUUCUUGGUGAGGAUUUCUGCAGGGAUUACAAGGAGCUGUCUACUGGAUCAUCUUCACAAGGUCAAGGAUUGGGCCUUGGGUUUUGUGCAUGGAAUAACAUGCCUCCUGUGUGUCAAAUGUCUGACCUUCCUUAAAAGUCUUUCUGGCAAGUCAUUAAUGGGGAAGAUUUGUUGGUGAACAUUUUAACCUGGUCUCAACCUUGAUAGAAAGGUCACGGAGUAUUUGGUUUAUGAUACAAUGCGUAAAAGUCCUUUGUUUGUGGUUCGUCUUCAACCCAUGGAUGGCUGUGCUUCUUUAGCUGGUACAAUUCAUCUGUGUGAGGAUGUAGUGCAUAAGUACUGGCAGGCGCUUGUUAUAAUUGUAGAAUCACUACGCACUCUUGAUGCAGAACAUCUGAACUCGAUGGUUUUGGAUUAUUUGAUCGAUUAAUUUGAUUAUUAUAGGGUAUCUGCAUAAAA